AUGCAGGGAGUAUUGGGCUCAGUGGCCCCGUCCACCCUCCGGGCGUACUCAGCAGCGCUCGCCCAUUUCUUGGCCUUUGCUGGAGCUGCUGGCGGUGGUGGGGCUUGGCCCACUUCUCAGGACAUUGUCCUGCGGUACCUGGUGCAUCUCAAGGGUUCGGGGCUUUCCCCGCGUUCCAUGCGGAGGGACUUGGCAGCCGUCUCCUUUUUCAGCAAGGCCCAGGGCUUCCCCGAUCCUUGCUGCGGUUUCAUUGUCCGCCGGGCCCUGGAGGGUUGGGCCAGGCUCACCCCCCUUCCUCCGGACCGCAGGCGCCCCAUCACGUUGGACAUCCUUGAGCGCGUGCUUCGGGCACUGCCCGGCCUCUGUUGGUCCCCGGGCGAGGCAAGGCUCUUCCGUGCCGCCUUCGUGGUAGCCUUUUACAGCGCCUUCCGCGUCAGUGAAGUUGCAGCGGGGUCCCGUUCCGACACGUCGGGCCGGGCCCUGGCAUCCUCCGACCUGACCUGUUCCCCCCGCCGGGUGACCAUCACCCUGCGGCGUUCCAAGACCGACCAGCGCGGCCGGGGGUCCACCGUCACUCUGCGGGCAGCUAGGCACCGGCUACUAUGCCCGGUCCGGGCUGUCAGGGCCUUUCUGGAGUGCCGUCCCCCCCACCCCGGGCCUCUCUUUAUACACGAGGACGGUUCCCCCCUCUCCCGGUACCAGUUCUCCUCGGUGCUCAGGGCUUGCCUGCAGUCCGCGGGGCUACCCCCCAUGCAGUUUGGCUCGCACUCCUUUCGUAUUGGGGCGGCAACCGUGGCCGCUGACUUGGGGCUCCCGGCGCCGGUCAUUCAGUCCAUCGGUCGCUGGCACUCCAGCGCGUUCCAUUCCUACAUUCGCCCCACGGGGGGUGCCUUGCACUAA